ACCUUCAUAACCCAACAUCGAAUCAUCUUUAUUUUGGCACGCGAUAAUUAUGGUGAUUUAUACAAGUGUCUUUUAACUGUUAUGUAACGAGGGUAAAUAAAAAUUUAGUGUCUUUAUUAUCCAGACAUAGUUAUUGUAAUGGUGUAGUGAGAAACAGUAAAGUAGAAAAGUGCACCAAACAUGUUAUUAAAGUGUUCUUCCGCAGAAAAGCGGCAUGCCCCAGGCAAAGGCAAGCCUGCACGUGGAACCGCCAUGAAAAUGACCAUGUCGACAAGUUCGACGAUGACGCCGCGAAUUCAUCGCAAGGCGUUGCGUCUACCUUCAAAGCGACAUCCAGGCAAACUGCACACGCCCGGUAAACUACAACAUCCUGGGAAACUGCACUCGUCUGGGAAAGGUGGGCAAAUGCACCAGCAUCACCAUCCCGGAAAACUGCAAAACAUUCAGAGUAGAGGAAAAGCGCCGCAGAACGUGGAGACUUCGUGUGACAAUUCCAACGAUAGCGGAUUUGGAUACGAUCAUUUGGAGAUGUCUAGAAGCAGAUUAUCAUCAAUUGGAAGCGAUUAUGGAGGCGAUGCAUCGACGGCAGUCACGACCACAUAUGUUCGUUCGCUUUGUUCGGUAGACGCACAAGGCGAACAGCCGUUAGCCAAACGUUUUAGGAGCGAUUAUGUACCCAUGGACGCGAACGAUGAUUCGAAUGAUUCAUUUAUGACAACCGAAAUUAAAAGAAUGACAAUAAUGCCCACAGCGGUGCCAAUUCACCGGGCGCUUCCCAGGCCGCAGAUUCCAAGGAGGCCUCCAAUUCCCACAGGACCACUCAUGACACAACAUAACAAUAUAUCACGAAACGGAAAAGUCAAAUUGGAAAUAUUGUGCCAACCUGAAACGCAACAUAGGGCCAGAUAUCAAACCGAAGGAAGCAGAGGAGCAGUGAAGGAUCGCGAUCAACACGGGUUCCCCAUAGUCCAAUUAAUAGGUUACAACAAACCUACAGUUUUGCAAGUUUUCAUAGGAACAGACAUGGGUCGAGUUGCCCCUCACAUGUUCUACCAGGCCUGCAGAGUUUCGGGGAAGAAUUCAACCCCUUGUACAGAAGUCAAAAUCGCUGGCACCCUGGUUAUACAAAUUGAAUUAGAUCCUGCGAAGGAAAUGAAAGUUAUUUGUGACUGCGUUGGUAUUUUAAAGGAAAGGAAUGUGGAUGUAGAGCAUAGGUUUCCAGAGCAGACCGGUUCAAGGAGCAAAAAGAAGUCGACAAGAUGCCGAAUGGUUUUUAGAACUGUUGUCACAAAUGAUGAUAAUACAACAGAAACUCUUCAAAUAUGCUCUCAACCAAUUAUUUGCACUCAACCUCCUGGUGUACCAGAAAUUUCAAAAAUGUCAUUUAACACUUAUCCAGUCACGGGUGGUAUGGAGCUGAUUAUAUUAGGAAAGAAUUUUUUAAAAAAUACACAAGUUGUUUUUGAAAAAUGUCGGAGUGCAAAUGAAGACGAAUACGUCACACCAAAUAGAGAAUUUUUACAGCAGAUCCACCUGGUUUGCACUGUGCCUCCUUAUUAUAAACAAGACAUCCAGGAGCCCGUGAAAGUCAGAGUAUUUAUAGUAUCUGGCAUUCGUUUUUUAACCCUUUCUCUACGAGUGUCGUUCAUGGACGACACCGAACGGGUGUCGUCCAUGGUUGACAUGUUCUGUGUUGGUCUUUCCUUUAAGAUUUAUCACUAUGAGUAA